AUGCCCCCAAGCUCGGAGACAGUGCCGGGCAAGCCCCAGUCGGAGGGAGUUCUUCCAGAGGUGUCGGUCGCCAUGGAGGGCCCUCUUCCGCCUGAUAUUUUAGAAGCUUGGGAGAUCGAUGACCACAGACGGACACCGUCUGAGUGUUCACCCGCUUCAGGUGCAGAUGGAGACAAAGCUGCCCAGCUUCUGCAGCUCUACAUAGCCUUCGUGAACAAGAUGGAGGCGACACGUCCAGAAAUACUACGUGGCGUGCGCGUUUGGAAGCUAUUGCGCCGCUUGCCGUGGGCUUGGCUGCGAGGCCAACUUAACGAACUGCAUUCAUUGAGCCAGGAAGCAGCAACCCUCGAUCAGUUCUGGUCCCACAGCUGGCAGGGGGCUUGGUGGGCCAAGUUCACCAACAUACUUUACCUCCACUCUUGCUUGCCGGCGAGCGUUGCAGGAACAGUCAGCGCAAGUGUAGCUUUCGGCCUCAUCUCAGCAGGACUUCUGGGAGCGUUGAGGACAUGGUGCAUGCUGUUCGGGUUUGUAGCCUUUUGCAUAACGCUGCUGCUUUGGUGUCCACGCAAGCUGGUGUUUCUAGACAUCGUUUGCAUCCAUCAGACUGAUGAAGAACGAAAGGGAGAGGCCAUCAUGAGUAUGGGUGCAUUCCUGAAGCAGUCGAAGUCUAUGCUGGUUCUGUGGGAUCCUACAUGGGUGACAAGACUGUGGUGCGUCUUCGAACUUGCUGCCUUUCUACACAGCCACCGGCCCGAUGGCGAGGCAGCUCUCCAGAUCGUUCCUCCUUUGUUGGGGCCUGCGUUUCUGGGAAGUGAGAUGCUGAUGUGGGGAGCUGCCAUGAUCUAUUCCUACAUGGAGUCUUUCGUGAUAUCGGAAGGUUCAAUACUUGUGGGAUUUCAACAUUUGCCGCUCUCUGCCAGCAUUGCCCUGCCACUCAUCAGCUUGGUCACCCAUGCUGUUCGAAGAUAUGCGAGCAGCGUUUAUACACUGCAAGAGCAACUCCGUGUGUUCAAGGUUGGGGAGACACUCAGCGCCUGCUGCGCGAACGGCCACGAAGACGAACCCGACUCCUUAUGCGACCGUGCGAUCAUUCUUGAGUGCAUAGUUGCGUGGUACAAGUCAGUGGACAGCUUUGAAAUGCAAGUGCAGACGGAAGUGCGACGGGUCAUCGUCGAUCAGCUUGCAUACGGAGCCAUCUCUUAUCAGCGCAUCUUGGUGCUUUCAACUCCGUUCAUCUGGUUUCGUCUUGAGCAAACAGCUUCUUAUUCAAGCGACCCCCUCCAACAAGUAGUCUAUCUAGUACAAUCGCUCACCCAUUUCCUGGCAAUCUUCCCUUUGAUGGACAAACUGGUCUUCCGGUUAUGCUUCCGUUUGCGAGCACGAUGCCGCAAUCUAUGCUUGGACUUCUUUGUGUCAAUGGCCAUCGUGAUCGCCGCCUUUUCGUUCUAUGCCGCUUGCUAUGCCAUCCAAAUCUAUGUCUUCCGCCAACACGAUCGGGGGGGCGACGACCGCGGGCUUCUCUUGUCUGUGAUCUCACUGUUGUCAUGGUGCACUGUCACAGCAAUCCUGUUGCGACGUGAGCCUCAACGGUGCUUCGGUUGUUGGAGCCAGAAGCCUUGCACAUCGAACUCUGAACACUCAAACGACCCAUGA